AUUUACUGGCCACCAUUUGCUGUACGUCUGUGGCACGAAAUGGAGUUAGGAUUUUUAACUCCAGUUAAAAUUUUUUUAACUGCAGUUAAAGUGAAUGUGUGAACUAGCCCUAUGUGUUUGAUAGGAGCUUAGUCUCAGAUGCCAUCAGACAGCUCUCCCUCACAUAAGAUGAAACCAUCAGAAGACAGAAGAGGACAGCAGCAGCCAUCAAAUGCACAGCAAGUGUUUCCUUCUCACUAUGAGAAUUUUGAUGAGAAUUGUCAGUCUUUAGUUACUGGGCUGAGGCCUCCUGAAGAAGAAGUAAGAAGUUCUGAUGCAGAGUUAGAGACUCAGCGUGGAGAAAAGCUUCACAGGCCGCAGCAGCUGCUACUCAACCCCAUGCCAGCUCUGGAGCAAGGAAGUUUGCCCACAAAGUUAACCCAGACGUUUUCUCACAAAGUGGAUGGAGAAAAACGGAGAGAACCCAAUUGUCCCCAGGAAUCAUCUGUCCAAAUAAGCUCAUUACAAGAAAAGAAGGCAAAAAGAAGAAAACCUUUAAGAGGAGAUAUGGACAUUUGCCCUUCUCAACAGAAAAAUGUAAUAGAGGUCAACCAGAUGCAAGAAAAGAUGAGCCCCUCACAAGAACUGUAUCCUGCAUCACAGUCUAAUUUCAAGUCUGAAUCUGGAGAUCAUCAAAUGAGUAGUGAUCCUAGUGAAGAAACCUCAUGGGUGCCAACUGUAUCUCUUCAAUCAAGCAUCGUCUGUGAGCAGCAACCAAAUAUAACUAAAUCUCCAGAAGAGCAUUCGCAUGGCAUUUCUUGUGGCUUGGGUACAAAGCAAAGUAAAAAUCAUUCUAUUACUAAGAAGAAUAAACAUGCAUUUGUUUCCGUCGACCAAAUGGACAAAUAUAUGCUACAUCAAAGAAAACCAGAUUCCUUGGUAUGUCAUGAAGCUUCUACUGAAAGAACAAAAUCACAUCAUGGCCAGCUAGUUACGCUCAUACCUGAUGCCUUAGAAGGAUGUAAAAAUGAGUGUCAGUCAAGUGCAGAAAAGCCGACAGACACUGGUGAUGACAGGCAGGCCAAUGAAAAGGCAGCAGAAGCUAUCGUCACUGGGCAAGAGGAGAGGGAACGCGAACGCCUGCCAAGAGCUGUUUUCACAAAGAGGAAGCCGUUGCCAAGCAUCAAGAGGGGCCCUCGGAAGAAUAGUCAGAAAGCCAGAGUAGUGAUGGAAGGAACACGAAGAGUCAGGCCAAGCACUCUGGAUUUUUUUACCAAGUACUGCAUCAUUAAUGUGUGGGGCAGAAGAUCUCCAGAACAACAUGGGGAUAAUCCAGAACGCUUAUCCUUUUAUGAAAGAAUUUUUCUAAAGUACUGCAAUCAUGAGGAUUCUGUUGCCAGAACAGUGGCGAGGUGGGGAAGAGCAGGUGAGGAGGAGGACAGCGACAUACCUGGAGACCAAGAAUCUACUGAUACAUCAAAUAUACAUUUUAACGAUAUUCCUGAUGGCUUUGAUCAUAUAGAAGAAAUAUUGAUCCAAAAGAAAGCAAAAGAAAACAUAGACGUUGGAAGAAAGAUACAAAUGAUUCUUGGAAGUGGGUCUGUAUCAGAUCAACUGGGGAAAAUACAGUUUAAGAUAAGGACACUUAUGGAAAGAAAAAAAUACAUUGUGAGCACAGUACAAGAACUUCAAGAUCAAAGAACGGCACUCCAGGCAACAACGGCCACGCAGCCAUCCCACACAGCUGAGGAGAAAAGGAACAAGAAGAAGAGAAAAGGGAAGAAAAACACAAAGCUUCUUCCAAACAUGGAUGAAUUGGAAGAUAAGCUCUAUGAAAUGACAUCGUCUGCUCCAAUCAAUCAAGUAAAAGAAACUAAAAACACUAUAUUCUAUUAAUGAUUGUUAUUUGACAAAAUGUUGGCAUAUUUAGGUACAGUACUGAUGUUUAUCCAAGAUAGUAAGCAUAUACUGUAUUGUACUAAGUUGUAUAGUUAAGUCCCUUUGAAAUCUGUUGUGUUUAUGUAACAGGCAGUGAUAGUUGCUUCCUAAAUUUUACUUUGAAUAAACUUGCUUGUAAGUAGUGAAAUAUGUCCAAUUGUUCAUGACAUGACAUAUAUUGAUUUCUAUAAGGUUCAGAACUUUUAGCAUUCCAAGUAGACAUUUGGAACCAAGGCCAGCUCUGCCUGCUGCUGUAUCCAGUUUUGCAUCCUGAUGUCCAGCCAUUUAGGCAUAACUUAAUGGUGGAAACAACACUCAUAAUGCAUAAAUGGUUGAACAAUGUUAUCAUGCAGGAAAAAUCUGUUCCUAGUUCCAACUGUGAAAGAUAUGCAUCUUUCACAGCUGGAACAGAAGUUACAUGCAGUUUAAAUGCUAAUACUCUUCAACCACAUUUUUGCAAAGCACAAUGGCACAGCAUGCAAAAAAGCUUGUAAUAUGCUUUUCGCAAGUCAUUUGGUGUGGUGGUGGGGAGGAAAUGAAGAUCAGUCAAUGAAGAUCUCAUAGUCCAUAGGAGGUCAUCACAACUCUACUUAGAAAAUCAGUGUUGGCUAUAUACUGACAUUUCUAAGGACAAACCAAGUCAGCUCACAGUUAAAGGCAAAGCUUCCUGAAUUAGGUAAACAUUUUCAAAUGUAUUCAAAACAGUUUUAGAAACAUCAUCAAAUUUGACACUGCUGAAAAUGCUCUCAAAAAACACUUUCAAAUCAAGUCAAUUUUUUACUUCUUUUCAAAUUCCUCAGAUGUUUAAUCUGAGAAGAGGCCUUUAUAUUUUGUUUGAAAUUUUACAUUGGGUGAAAUUUGGGAGCAAUUCUAAUUUUAAAGAGUCAUUUGAAAUGGAAUGUAUUGGGUAAAAUGUUGUGCAAAGGAUCCCCCUGCCCCCACUACCUUAUGAACAGUUGUGCUCCAGGUAUGGCCUUUUCUAGCUGGAAGAAGGAAAAGCACUGACAAAGCUACAGAUCUGAUUAUUUUCUUAGAAACCAUAUCAUUAAACAGCCCCGCAAAGGAACAAGCAGUCUUAGAUCUCAACUAUACAUUACAUGAGAGAUCCAUUAUUUGAACUUUCCAUGUUAUCUUUCUUUUCUAAAAGUAGCUGAAAGUACAGGUGGCCCAAGGUAUUCUGGCACAUGAGACACUACACCUGCUACUGUAGCCAUUUGGCUACAGAGGAAAGAAUACUCCUCCACCACGUCCUCUUUCUCUUCCUCCUGAUGAGUUCACUGGUGGCAAACCCCAAUUAAGGUUAGGGCCAUAGCACAGCAGAGGCCUACCACUUUCUCUUUGCAUUACGGGCCGAUCCAAUUAUUCUGAUGAAUUCUCCUCAUCCCCCCCACCCCCCACCCACUCCCUCUGUGCCACAGCUCUAUUAGCAACAAAGUGGGAAACAUAAGUUCACCUGAACGGCAUUGAUUUAGUUUGGUGCCACAGCUUGGAGGAAAAGGAAUUGAUUCUCAGCGUCUCCAAGCCACUGCUCCAAAUAAAGCCUGCUUUCCUGGUUGCUUUUCGAAGAAGAAAAUUAUCUGGGGCUAUCUAGUCACAGAUCUCACAUGUAACCUCUAGUUUGGCUCAUAUGCAGAUGUGAGAAUAAUAAUCUGUCUGUCCCAUAAAGUAAUGAAAAAAUGAAUACCACUAUCUUUUGAUUGUAUUCUUUUGAAGAGAGAACAACAUACAGUGCAUUAAGGCAUGAGUAUCCAGGAAUUAUAAAUAGUGGAAACUCUAUUUCUGUGUUAGUAGUGUAAGACUCUCAGUCCUUUGUAAAUGACUUUAACAGGGAUUAUUUUCUUAUUAUCUUUACUUUUGCCUUAUCUUUUGACAAACAUUAUUAGGAACAGCCUUGUGAUCAUCCAUUUCUAUAUUAAUAAUAACCCUGAAAAUGUAUGCCACUGAUGACAAAGGAAGCUGCUAUGUUGGUCGCAGCACAAGCGAAAGGAAAAGCAAAAAAAGACAAAAUGUUACAAUAUACUGGUUGAAUAAGUGCAAAUUGCAGAGAGAUGUUGGUUAUGUGUAUGUAUUCAUGAAAGAAGGCAUGGAAAUAUAUUUUCACAGAAACCAUUUGA